AUGGCACACCCAGUUAGAGGAAGCUCGCGGUCAAACGAGUCUGUGGCUCCACACCCCCAGGUGGUCCUCGCUCCUCUCCCUCCUCGCGAGAACUACCAGCAACCCGUCGCCCAAUACGACCUCUACGAGUCGGACUACUCUCAAAGCCCCCACCCCAUGCAACCGCCCUCCGGACACCCUGGGGCUGGUGGAUACUGGCCCGCCCAACAAGGACAACACCCUCCCCCACCGCUCAGGUCUAACACCGUCUCGAGCAUGAACUCGCACCAUCAGGAAUACUACGACGAGUCCCCCCUCAGAGCGCCUCAAGCCCUUGAUCUGGAUUUGGGUGCCCUCUCCCUCGACGAUCCUGCCCCUGCUUCAGCCUCAGACAACGGUGAUUUAACUUCUUUGCCAUUGCGCCUUGCAGAAGAGUCCAAGAAGCCCUUAGAGAGAACUGGAUACGUCGAUGACACUCGCUUCUCAGGAUCCGAUCAGGGACACCCACCAGUCGAUGCUACUUCAGAGGCAACAGAAGGAGGAGCUGCAGCAGCUUCUACAGAUUUCCCUGCAGAGGGCGGUGCCUUUGAGGCAGGCGUUGUUUUGCCUGCAUCGGAUGAUUCGUCCCCUCCGCGCACCAACAGUGUGGACUCGACGCACUCAGCCGUCCGCGCUUAUGCUGCUGCCAACCCCAACGCAGCCACUUACUCAGAUACGCCUUCGAGCCAUGGAUACGGUGGCCCCCACCAGCAACAUCAGGGUGGAUACGGGGGUCAGGAGCAUGGCGGAUAUGGCUCAGAGUAUGGUCAACAGAGACCCGGAUACAGAGGACCUCCCCAGGGCUAUGGUGGCCAAUACCAAGGACAGGAUCCCAGAUAUGCCCAGCAGGGAUACCCCGGAGGUCCCGGUGGAUAUGGUGGCAACGGUUACCAGCAAGGAUACCAGGAUGUUCAAUAUGACCAAUACGGCCAGCCUUACCCUCAGGACUAUGGUCAAGAUUACUAUCAAGAUCCUCAGCAGCAGUAUGGCGGAGGAUACCCCGGCCAAGGAAACGGAUACGAUUACAACGGCGGUUACCGCCCUCAAGGACCUGGUUUUGGCUCUCCUGGCUAUUACGGUGGACCUGGUGGACCUGGUGGACCUGGAGGACCCGGUGGCGCCAACCUGCAGUCAUCCCCUUCAAUGAGAGGGGCCCCUCCAGGUCGUGGCGGACCUCGUCCCCCUAUGGGUCCCGGUGGCCCCGGUGGAUAUGGAGCUCGCCCUCCACACCGUGGCGAUUCUGGUAGCAGCACUGGCGGCGGACCCCCUCGUCCCGCAGCAGCAGCAGCAGCAGCCCCACGAAAGCGUCCCUUGACGAUCGAGCUUUUGGAUGAGAUGCGUCAGCGCGCCAAGAACAGCAACGAUCCUGCUGCUCAGCUUGAGUACGCCAAGGCUUUGAUUGAGGCCGCAGUGACGUUCGGCAACGACGAUCCGGACCCCAAGAGACAAAAGAAGAAUAAGGAGGCGCUGUUUAUGGAGGGUCUCAAGAUUAUCAAGCGCUUGGCGACAACCGGCAUGGGUAUGGGCAAGCCCGCCUACCCUGAUGCCCAGUUCUUCUUGGCCAACUGCUAUGGAAACGGAUCAUUGGGACUUCAGAUUGACCACGACAAGGCCUUUAACUUGUACAUGCAGGCGUCAAAGCAGAACCACCCUGCCGCGACCUACCGUACCGCCGUGUGUCACGAGCUCGGAGCGGGAACCAAACGCGAUCACACUCGUGCUGUGCAAUUCUACCGCAAGGCUGCAUCCUUGGGCGACACUGCGGCAAUGUACAAGUUGGGCAUGGUCAUCCUGAAGGGACUUUUGGGACAGCAGGCCAACCCUCGGGAGGCGAUCACAUGGCUCAAACGUGCAGCUGCCAACGCUGACGAGGACAACCCACACGCCCUUCACGAGCUCGGUCUUUGCUUUGAGAAGUCUGGCAUCCCUACCGUCAUUCCUGACGAGACCUACUCCCGCGAGCUGUUUACACAAGCUGCUGGAUAUGGAUAUGCGCCCAGUCAGUUCAAGCUGGGUCACUGUUACGAGUAUGGUCUUUUGACCUGCCCAGUCGACCCAAGGAGGAGUAUCGCAUGGUACACUCGUGCUGCUGAACAGGGUGAUGCAGAGUCGGAGCUGGGCUUGUCUGGAUGGUACCUGACUGGAUCUGAGGGCGUGUUGAAGCAGAGUGAUACUGAGGCCUACCUCUGGGCUCGCAAGGCUGCCGACAAGGGACUCGCCCGCGCCGAAUAUGCCGUCGGUUACUACUCUGAGGUCGGAAUUGGAGUCAAGCAGGAUUUGGAAGAGGCAAGACGGUGGUACCUGCGUUCUGCAGCUCAGGGUAACGGUCGUGCCAAGAAACGUCUGACAGACAUGAAGAAGUUGGGCGCCAUGCGUCGUGUGCGUCCCGAACGUGGUCGUCAGGCCGGUGCAGGACCCGGACCAGAAGACGAGAACUGCAAAGUCAUGUAG